AUCUUCCCAGUUCCCGAUAAGGACAGAGGGACCUUGACAACUUCUCUGGCCCAGGUCGGUUUUGGCCUGUCUGGCCCCCUAGGCUGGAAGGAAUUGACCUUUGGCGGCGACUCCUGCCUUCCCAAGACCCCAGGCAUCCCCCGAAGGGCGCCCCACCCCUUGAAGGGUUCCCCGGUGGCCCCUCUAAAGUCCUCCGAUGACCCUGAAGGGCCCCAGGUGUCACCUCGAAAAUCCUGCGUUGUCCCUAGAAGGGUCCUAGGUAGCCCAGCCUGGAGGGAGGGGGCUUCACACAGGCUUCCUCAUCUUAGAGACUAGAGGGGGGCGGCCCAGGUGCUCUCAGACCCUGGACAGAAGAUAGGCAGUUCCCUGUCUGCUCUCUGCAGUAUGGAGGAGUUUAAAUUCUUACUCGGCCAUAGCCCAAGAUUUCUCUAGGGAGGGAUAAAAUGAGGAAGAGGAAGAAGCUUCGGACCUCAGGAGGGGAAGGAAUCCGUCCUCCAAAACUUCCAAAGAACCCAAGAUUAGGAGACUCUGGCGGGGACCCCCAGAGUUCCAAGUUGGGCCAUUGGCAUCACCCUGAAGAGACAGAAAGCAGAUCAGGACCCGCUCCCUCUGCAGAGCAGAGCAGGGAGGAACCAGGACAGGCAGCUUCCAGCUCUCCUUAUGAGGAAGCAGGAGCUCCCUCCAGGCUCCUCAGGGAGCCAGAAAAAGAGCCAGUUCACCUUCCUCCUUCCCAGAACUCAGUCAGGAGGUUUGUCCCCCAGUUUGCGAAACCCAGGAAGACAGUGACAGGACGAGCAGAGAGGAGGGAAGAGGACCCCAGGAGUGGGGCCUUCAGCUUGGAAACACUGCCAGAACCUAGUGCCCAGCAGGCCAGAAGCCAGCCUCAAGAGGAGUCCCCAGGGCUUGCCCUCCAGGAGACCAGGGACCCAGGAGACCAGACCCAGGCAGACAGUGCCUGCCCUGAGCCCAGCGGCCAAAACCCUGUGAUGCCUGUGCCUGGCGAUGGGGAUCCUCAGCCCUUGGCCUCCAGCAUUGCCUCUCUGGAGUGGGGGACAGUGCCCUCGGCCUCAGAGGGGGCCAGCCAGGACCACCUGUCAAAGCAUGGGACCAACGUGCCAGAUGGUGGAAGCACGGAGGAGGGUUGGGUUCCAGGUGAUCAUGGCCAGAAAGGGCACCUGCCAGGCAGUGAUGCUGAAGAGGAACCAGACCAAGGAGCCCCUCAGGAGGGAGGUGCCCGAGGGGAAGCAGGAGUUGAGCUGCCUGAGGAGCGCCAGGAGGAAGAAGAUGGCAUCCUGGGCCCAGAGCCCAGAUCUGCAGCCCAGGGCCCUCCUGACGCUCUGCAGACACCCAGCUGGACUGGCGGGGGAGCAGAGUGGAGCUAUAGCAGCCCAAGAUGCUCCCGCCUUGGGGCUGUUGUCAUCGCAGGUGUGAGCACAGACCCCACGGAGCCAGAACAGAGGGCUCUGGGGGUGGCUGGGCCAGACGGGACGGUCAACGCCAGGGUGACUGCCUCUCCCAGCAGGAAGGCUCCUGAUGGAGGCCACAGCAGGGCCCUGCUCGGGUGCAUGCCUCUCACUGGGGAGACCACAGGAGGCAGAGAGGAGGCAAGGCAGGAAGACAAGCCCCCUGAUGAUGUCCCGGGGGGCCUUGCAGCCUCCCCGGAUCUGGCUCAUGAGAUCCAAGAGCCCACAAUAGGUGUUGGGGAUUCCAGCCCUUUAGCCUUGGAAAUGGGUCCAACUGUGGGUCAGACACAGGUACCAGGCCCGGAUCAAGAAGGGCUGGGAGGUAUGUGCUUGCUGCCUUUGCUGUCGCAACCUGUGGGUAAAAAGGCAGCUGAGUUAGGGAGCCAUAGCCACAAACAAGACCUCAAGGGGCUCAGUUUGCCCCUCGGAGCCUGUGCUCCACCAGUGUACAGAGAAGCAGUGGACGGCCCUCCCCAGGAUGCCGGGGCACGUCAGGGCAGCCCAGAUGCCCGCACAAGCCCGGCAGGCCAGCCGGAGCACCCUGCUGACUCUUCAGAGCAGGCUGUCUGGGAGGGGUCCCCAGCCAUGGAACUCUACUUCCUGCCGGACAGCCAGACACAGGAUGCCCUGGAAGCCCCUGGUUUUGAAGCCCCACCUGAACAGUUGUCUCCUGCAGGGAGCGGGCUGGACCCUUGCUGGCCUGGCACCAGCCCACGUGCCGACGGAGGCUCCCUUGCUGAGGCCCAGCCAAGGACCCAAAUGGGGAUCAAGACCUGCGAAGCCGCCAGGAUGGAGGAUGCAACAGACACCGUGCGAGGCCUCGUCAUCGAGCUCUCCAACCUGAAGUGUGUGUGCGUGUGCUCGUACAGGCUCGCCGGCCCCCAGAAGUGCCUGAUGUUCCUGCCAAACAGCUGGAAACAAUCCCUCAGCAGACUCCGGAAAGCCUGCUGGCCCCUGUGUGCCCCCUGUUAUUUUGUUACCAUCCGAGAUGCUCCAGCAAGUCCUGGUGGGCCCCAGAAACCUCCCCUCAGCUGACCUGGAAGUCACCUUCCCAUGGGAAACACAAAAGGUCCUGCCAUCCUCAGCAGCCUCCCUUGGGAGUCGCCUGGGGGAGGGGACCUGUUCCUCCCUGUGGCAGAGGCCUGGAAGCU